AUGGUAACAACUAGUUGCAGGCAUUUUGUUAACUCUUUUUCCCUUAUACAAACAGAUGUAAUUGUUGGUGCACUUCACCUUCUUAAACCCAUUUUCUCAAUAGCGCUUGCGUUAUAUUUGGGAUGGUCUUCGAUCUCGUUUAUAUCAAGCACCUUUCAAAAUGAUCUAGCAUUGGCUAUGUGUCGUUUACCCUUGUCCAAUUUGAUUCCAUUAUGUCAAACGCCCAUUCCUGAUUUCUCACGAUUAGUAAAUCGACAGGUUGAAACUUAUGAACAAAUAAUGGAUUAUCAAUUAUCACAUACAGGACCAUCAUCUUCAUUAGCAUUAGAUAUAAAAAAAGCAGAAUUAGCAACAGCAGAUCUAAGAACUUUAAUAAAAUAUUCUUCUUUAUCUACAUCAAAAGAAUUAGUAGAUAGACUUACAGAAUUUGUUGAUAAGGCUAAAAGUGUUGGUAGAGAUUUACAAAUUUUGCAAUCCAGAACAAGGACUUCAUUAGAUAAUUUGAUUACAUAUAAUAUAUUUGCUUUAAAAGCAUUAGAAAAUGUUAGAGAUAACAAGAUAAGUGCUAAAGAAUUAGCUGCUGGUUAUAAUCAAAUGAUGACUUUGAUUGAAAGUGAUUUAAAAAGAAUGAUACUUGUCGCGACUGAAGCACUUGGAAGUUUAGCUGAUUUGGAUGAAAUGUUAAUAGCGAUUCAUGAUCUAACGACUCGUGAAGGAGCAUUUCAAAAAACAGAGCGAGCCAAUUUAUUUGCUCAAAUGUGGACCAGACUUGGAGGCAAUAUAGUGAAAAGACAAAUUUUUGAAGAAAAUUUAGCAUUAUUAAGAGAUCUUGAUAAACAAAGACGUAUUGCAGUUUCUCAAAUACAGACAACAUUAUAUAGUUUAACUUCAUUUCAAUUAGAUUUAGAAGAAUUGAGAGAACAUGUCUCACGACCAUCAUUGGUUGAAAUGCCUAUUGAAGUGCAUAUUGAGAAUGUUGGAAAGGGAAUAGAGAGGUUAAGAACUAGUAAGGUUGCUUUAAGAAGUAAUGAUGAUGUGGAUGUAAUUGCUGGAUAA